CCGAGCUAACGAGGUCCACUUCCAAGUUUCACGACAUCGCUUCAAGCAUUCCAAGGUCCACUUUCAACUUGCUGUAAAUUUAAUGCAUCACGAAAAGGUGUAUGAGUUUUUGCUAUUGGCACUAUGAUGAAUGAGGGCGAGGUGGUGGAAGGUCCUCUGAGCGAUUCUGAUCCUGGCGAAGAAGUAGCAGACUGGACAGACUGGAAUGCAAAUGAAAGUGGGGCGGACUCUGGAGACGAGGCUUCCACCCUUUGCCUCUUCUGCAAAAAGGUUGCACCUUCAGCAGCUGCGUCCCUGCACCACUGCAAAGCGGAACACGGUUUUGACUUGACCGGCUUCCUCAAGCAGUACCAUCUGGAUCUGUACGACAGCAUAAAAGUUGUCAACUACCUCAGGCGUCAGGUUUCUGAAUUGACGUGUCCCCGCUGCGCAACCCACUUCACCUCACGGGACGCAUUGCUUCUCCACCUCCAAGACACCAGCCAUUUUGGCCUCGAACCCCCUCUCUCGAGCACCGGAAACACAGAGUCAGAGAGUGCUGCCCGGGGGCCUUGGGACAAUGACGCGUUCCUAGCGCCCUUUCUCCAAGACGAUCCCCUCUUGUACACCCUGGAAGAUGACGACGUAGAACUUGAAGAGGAAGCGGGCGCCGUUGAUGAGGGUCGGGAUGAGGUCAGCGGCCUUGUGAGCCAGCUCCCUAAAACAAUGUCAAUGGACCCGGGGUAUGAGGCCGACGUCAGCGUGCAUGGGGGCCUGCAUCCGCCUGGCACCAGCCACGUGACCAAGGCAACCCCGGCGCUGAGGGACUCCCCCACCAGCAGCACUGGCAGCGAGAGGGGCAUGCGAAUGGAUCUGGGCGGUGGCCCCACCGCUCGCAGUUUCGAUUCUGAUGCGACGAGUGCGUCCGAGCAGAGUCGCAGUUUUGAGGAGCCUCCGCAAAGGUCCCCUGGUCGCGCAGGGACAGGUCGGAUGCUCCCAAAGGCAGGCGGGCUGAAGGCACGGGUGUCGCCUCCGGCCCCGCUUGUGGCGGGGCUGAGCCGCGAGCUGCACGAGGGGGACCGCCUGCUGAUGCUGCAGCGCGAAAACGAGGACCUGCGCGCGGAGCUGGCGGCCAUGAAGAUAGCGCAGCAGGAUGCCGAAGAGUUGCAGGCAGAAGUUGCGGCCCUCCAGUUCUCCCUUGCAAAGCCUCGCCAGGCUGGCGAGGAACCGGCCGACCUCCCUGAAUUCAAGAAGACCAAGCGCAUCUCGUUCGACGACCCCGACUCUUCCGGGCCCAACUCCCCCCCACCGGCUCCGCACACGACCCCCGUUUCGUCACCUUUGCAUGAGGUCCUUCAGCGCAGGGGGGUCGCCACGCCCAGCCGGAGGGGGGCAUACCACACCCCGGGGUCCCCGCACCCGCGCCGGUUCCUGAUGCACACCCUCAGCACCCCGGGGUCUCCCCAUCCCCGCAAGUUCAUGCAGUCGCCACUCUUCCAGGGGGACGGGGACGACGCAGACGAUGAGGGCGACGAGAUGGACGAGGGGGACAGCGAAGGAGGGGGCGUUGGGAAUAGGCUGCGCUCGGGGGGGGGUUCUCACCCGGUGAUUGGGCUGGACGAAGUGGCCAAGAAAGAGGGGGUGGCGGUGGAACAGUUGGUGGAGGAAGAAGAGCAGCUCGAGGAGGCGGAGAUUAUGUUUGGAGGGGACGAGGAGCCAGCGGCACUGGGAGAGGGGCACGGGGAAGGCCAGCCCCCCAGCUCCCUGAAGAAAUCCGGGCCGCACCGGAAGAAGGCGGCGCACGUGCGCUUUGCCCCCAUGGCGGAGAGCGAGAGCGAGAAGCGGGACGAGAGCUACUUCGACAGCUACAGCAUGUUUGGCAUCCACAGGGAGAUGCUGAGCGACAAGGCCCGCACCCUGGCGUACAAGGACGCUAUCGAGCAAAACCGCAGCCUGUUUGAGGGCAAGGCGGUUCUGGAUGUCGGCUGCGGCACCGGCAUCUUGAGCCUCAUUGCGGCUUCGGCCGGCGCAGCGGAGGUCGUCGGAGUGGACGGCAGCAGCAAGAUGGCCGCCAUCGCACGCCAGAUUGCCAAAGCCAACGGCUUCCCGUCGUCGUCCACGCAGCUGUCGCUGCCCCCGAGCGGCGGCCCCCCCGCCAAGGGCAUCGUCAAGAUCGUGGACAGUAUGAUCGAGAAGUUGGAGCGGCUGCCGGUGGGCCAGACGGCGGAGCCCGGCAAGGUGGACGUCAUUGUCAGCGAGUGGAUGGGCUACUGCCUCCUCUACGAGUCCAUGCUCGACUCCGUCCUCUACGCGCGCGACAAGUUCCUUGCGCCAGGGGGCGCCGUCCUGCCGGACACCGCACACAUGUUUCUGGCGGGCCUGGGUCGGAGCGCGACCAGCCUGGGCUUCUGGGAGGACGUAUACGGCUUCGACAUGUCCACCGUGGGGCACGAGGUCUUCGCCGACGCCGGGGAAGUGCCCAUCGUUGAUGACGUGCACCCGCAGGAUGUCGUCACCGAGCCGUGCCUCAUCCAGACGUUUGACUUGAUGACCAUGGAGGCCAGCGAGGCCGACUUCACCACCUCAUUUGAAAUCAAGGCGCAGCUGCACGGGGAGUCCUCCCCGGGCCCACCCACCGACACGCCAACAGGCAGCGGCAGCGAGGCUGCCCCGUCGUCUGUGGCGUGCUACGCCCUCGGGGUGUGGUUCGACACCGACUUCACUGCGCGCUUCUGCAAGGACCACCCCGUGAAGCUAUCCACGUCUCCGUUUGCCACCAAGACUCACUGGCAGCAGACCAUCCUGACGCUCAAGGAGCCGGUCACUCUCGCGCUGCCGGGGGCAGCGGCAAGCGCUUCCCCGGAUGCGCCAGUGGGCUCGGCGGAUGCGCCUGCGAAGUUGCUGGCCGGGCGGAUCAGCAUCGUCAAGAGUAGGAAGCACCGCAGCAUUGACAUCUCUAUCGAAUUAACGGCGGUCGCGGCAUCAGGGUCCACGAGGAAGCUGCCAAUUCAGAUCUUUGAACUGUAGGGAAGCCGCCCAGAAGAGCGGGAUUGAAAGGUGAUAAUCCGUCAGCAGAAGAUUGGGGAUUUUGGAAGGUGGAAUGUGCGGGGUUGUCAAGAUGUGAAUAAUUGGUGUCGGAUUUGAGGGGAUCUUCACUUGCUCUUCUUCACUUGCUAGCAACAGCGAAGGAUCCGUUUGCGACUUUUAUGCAUGACCCAAACACACAAAAAUGGAUCGUGUUUCUUGUGAUAUUUACCAUGAUGACGGUAGGGACUGUCAGACAGAACCAAUCAGCUGUCAAUUGCAAAAAUCAUACCAAUUCUGGAACAAAUUUUCC